CCAGGCAGGCCAUGGCGGAUGUCCCCGGGGCGCAGCGACCGGCUCCCGGCGGCGGCCCGGAGCCCCGGGACCCCCUGGACUGCUGGGCCUGCGCUGUGCUGGUCACGGCCCAGAACCUGCUGGUGGCUGCCUUCAACCUCCUGCUGCUGGCGCUGGUGCUGGGGACCAUCCUGCUACCCGCUGUCACCAUGCUAGGCUUCGGCUUCCUCUGCCACUCCCAGUUCCUGCGCUCCCAGGCGCCCCCUUGCACCGCGCACCUGCGGGACCCGGGCUUCACGGCCCUGCUGGUCACCGGAUUCCUGCUCCUCGUGCCGCUGCUCGUGCUGGCCCUGGCCAGCUACCGCCGCCUCUGCCUGCGCCUCCGCCUGGCCGACUGCCUCGUGCCCUACAGCCGGGCCCUCUACCGGCGCCGGCGCGCCCCGCAGCCGCGGCAGACCCGGGCCUCCCCGGGGCCCCAGGCCGCUCCCACGUCAGGGAAGGUCUGGGUCUGAGGACCCUCGAGUCAAGAACCACCCUGACGACUGCCCCCACUCCCAGGCGGCCCGAGGACUUGAAGCCCGGGGGUCUCCCGACCUGCCCCGCCCCCACCCUGCCUAAGCCGGGGUCCAGCACCGCCUCGGGGAACCGGAGCAUCCGUGGACGAGAGCUGGCGGAAGGCCGCCACACCCCGGGAAACCCCCUCUCCUCCUCCUACCUAGAUCUGAAUCCUGGACAUCUGGGCUGGACGCUGCACACCCCCCAUCACUCCGCCCUCCCCUCCUCCUCCCUCAGGACGACGGAACCGCGUGUCCUCCUUGCCUGGUGCAGCUCUUCUAGUAUUUACGGGCUGGGGGUGGGGGAGGCAGGUUGGAGGGGAAGGAGUGAGCACACAUCAAUAAAGAACGAACUGAACGCGUUCCUGGGA